AUGGCACACAACAGAACACCAACAAACAGAUCUGUCCUGGCGUGUUUCUUCAUAAUACUAAAUGUCUUGAUUACUUUUGGUUUCUCUGCACCGAGCGUGUCAGGUCUAGACUGGCCGAGGAACCGAGCAUUGCCCUUGUUCCCAGAUAUUUCCAGUGACAUUGAGUAUGCCAAACUCACGGCGUUGUCAGGCGACGAGCAGAUCCUCCUGGUGUCUCUACAAGGGCUGGUCAACCGGCAGCGACCACGUUUGUAUCUUUAUUGGUCUGAUGAUGCCAAUGCGCCCGACGACGUGAUCAACGAGGCCUGGUUACGCCAACUUGAAUCCCAAGGCUGUAAAAAUACCAACGUGACGAGUACUGCAUUCCAGUUGAUCGAUAAGUACAAAUCGGACAUUCGCGGUGCAAUCAUCUACGAUAUUAGAUUACCAGAUACCAUAAACCUAGCGUCGACUAUGGCUGGCGUCUCCCAUGGUGUCUUAGCAACGGAAGAGCUGGCGCACCGCUUCAAUAUCCCUAUCAUUGAGGAUCUAAGAGGUCGUUUCAAAAACAAAUAUGAGCUGUAUGAGCACGCAGCUAAGAACGUAUGGCCAAAUGUCACAGACCGGCUCAUAACCGCAAUUAAGCCUGCUUCGACCAUAUUGUUCGCUAACAGGACCUGGGAUACGCUUCUAAGAGCCAAUUCAUCCAUCAAGGAUAGUUCCAACAACGGCACAUAUAUCAUCAACUUAUCUCAGUUUCUCAACAGCAGUGGUACCGUCUAUGUCAAUAUUUCGGACGCUUUCCCUGCAGACGGAUUUGGCCCUUCUGUAUACUACGUGAAAGUCACAGCUGAUCAAAAUCGAACCAUAGCCGAAUUUCAGCCUGGCACUGAAGGUGAAGAUUCUUUUCUGUUCGACGACGGGGGCUCACACUUGGCCGAUAAUCCCGGAGGCUGGAGGUUUGCAGACGGCACGGCCGCAAUUAUUUACAGAUUCGACUACCCAUCAAACGCUACUACAAUGACUAUUUCCUUAUCCAUGUGGAAUCAGUUCCAAGUUUCAGCAACGGCAUCACCUCCUGGUUACCAGAGGGUGAAUUCAAUAUUUCGAGAUUACGUUGUCAGCACAGCAGCUCCAUGUAUUUGGCUGGACAGCAGCAGACCGCAGGAGGCGGCAAUGCUUGACAAACUACUCCGUCAAUUUCAGCCCAAUUCAGCUUACCUGGGCUGGUUCCCUAAUGGAAACGAAAUGACCGGUGUCACGCAACUGGCAAAGAACGGUGUAUACGUGGCAGCCACAGACUUUUACUUCAACCCUACCAUAUUCAGUGGGUUCAGAACCAGGAAUCAAGUGCAACAGUAUCCAUAUCCACCAAAGGUGCCACCGUGGCGCCCUCCCCCAAGAAAAGACACUAAAGUUAUCCUAUCCCUCGUUUACCUCGAAGGCGACAAUAUCCAAUACAAUCAGCGCAGCAUGUUCUCCCACUGGAAUGAUUCGGACAGGGGAUCUGUUCCUCUUGGUUGGACCAUCAGCCCAUUGCUACGCGACAUCGGACCUGGCAUCCUGUCCUAUUACCAAAGAACAUCCACCGAGAAUGAUUUGCUUAUUGCAGGACCCGAUGGAGCGGGUUAUACCUAUCCCGGAGUUUGGCCCAAAAAAGCACUAUCUGAGUUUUUGGCUCAAAGCGGGGAGUAUAUGCGAUCCACGCAAACAGACAAGGUACUGUUCGUGUACGACCGUGUCAACUCAACUGACAGCCCAUUGACACCGGAGCUGACUGUUGCUUUUCGUGAUGCCGUGGGGAGAAACAGACUUCGCGGAAUCCUUUACGGAUCUUUCGUCUCUACGUUAGGGACGCUUGAUGUGAAUGUGACUCAGGGUUUCCCAGUAACAAACAUGGUGGGCAUCGCAAAUGAGCAGAGUGGCGCGGAGACCCUACGGAAUAUCUCGGACAGUUGGAAAGGCCCUGGCCCCUUAUUUGUCACAGGUGCCCUCAGUGCAUUCGAUAUCACACCGGCGAAUGUAAGUCGUAUGGUUAAGCAACUAGGUUCUGACUUUGAGAUCGUCCGACCUGACACGUGGUUUGAACUGUUGAGAAUAAGGGAUAUGUGGCCUCCCGGACCGUUAUAA